AUCGUUAUCGUUAUCGACCGCCUUACUAAAAUAAGGUACUAUAUUCCUACCGUCGGUUUAACGGUAGAGGAAUUAGCGGAGUAUUUUAUUAAAAAAGUCUAUAGUAUUUACGGUUUAUUGGACUCUAUUAUUUCCAACCGCAGUGUUUAA